CAUAACUGUUUUCAUAUGUUGCAGGUAGACAUCUGGGAUUGACCGAAGACCCGAUCUGUUGACUGUACCGAUCUACAGGACUCCCAACUGCCAGAUCAGACCAGGAAAUUCAAUACUGCAUAGAAGUCAAGGUUUACUCCACGUUUUCAUAUUUGAGCAAGCACAUUGACAGGGACACCAUCUGAAGGACAUUUCAUUCUUCAAGAAGCUCUUUUGCCCAAAUACUCUACAUCAGAAGACUGACCAAAUUCUCUGGAAUUACACAAGUAUCUUUCAACCUGAAGGAAAGAGGGAACACAGGAUGAAGUGAUUGUAGUGACUAAUAAAUUUGAAUAUGAAAUCUCUGAUAUAUGAUAGAGUCAAUCAUCAAACUUAGAAACUUGUCGUUGGAGCAAGGACAGUGCUGUGGCACACAAUAAAGUAGUUUCCUCUUCCUAGUUUUUGCUGAGGAAUCGAGCCAUUUUUCUGCAUCCGAUGUGGAGGGUAACCAGUUCAAGCUGGCACCCAACAGGACACUCGACCGUGCAUUGUCAAAAUGUCUGCCGAUAGCGGUGUCGACGAAACAGAGAUGCAACCCCUUCACCCGGGCGGCAGCAGUGACACUCAAGCGGACUAUGACGCCCCUACCGAGACGACCACGACCACCGCCAAGAAGCUCAACAAGUCUGCGCUGUCCAGCCGGCCCCAGCGGGCCAGGGUGGGCUUCCUGGGAGUGGCGGACGAGGACGAAGACGACUUCGACGAUGACGAACAUUCGGAGAUGCGUAAGAAAGUCAAACAGGAGUUCAAUAAGAUGAACGGGAGGUCAUCGAGCAGCCAUGCCAGGCUGGCCCAGCAGCGGAUGAGCCUGCUGGGAAAGCCACUUAAUUACAGGGUUUCCAAGAGAGAUGCAAGAUUUAGGAAAGUACAAACAAGGAUAUAUAACUUUCUAGAGAGACCCACAGGAUGGAUGGCAGUCUUGUAUCAUGUUUUAGUAUUUCUGUUACUGUUUACGUGCCUUGGUGUGAGCAUAGUUGCCACCGUUGAUAACCCUACUCUACAAAUCACCUGCAACCAUAUAGUUUUUAUACUGGAAAUAAUUGCUGUCCUGAUCCUGAGCACAGAAUGUACGCUUCGUAUCUGGUCUGCGGGAUGCCGCAGCCGCUACCAAGGUCAUUAUGGAAGGCUCAGGUUUAUCAGGAGACCCCUUUGUAUACUCGAUAUUGUUGUAGUCAUAGCUUCAGUCCUAAUCAUUGUGAUAGGCAGCCGCAACGGUCGCUUCCUCGAGCCAGCAUUCCGUGGUCUUCGCUUUAUUCAGAUCCUGCGAAUGGUUCGGGUUGACCGGCGUGGCAACACCUGGAAACUUCUAGGCUCUGUUGUCUGGGCACACAGACAGGAGUUGCUGACAACAUGGUAUAUUGGUUUCCUGGCCCUAAUUUCAGUGUCUUUCUUAGUGUUUACAUUGGAGCAUGGUAGUCCCGAUGAUGAUUAUAAGACUCUACCUGAUGCCAUGUGGUAUGGUCUGGUAACCUUGACAACAGUGGGAUAUGGGGAUAAAACACCAAACUCCUGGUCAGGGAAGCUAGCCGCUGCGGUCUUUGCAAUCAUUGGAAUUUCCUUUUUCGCUCUGCCUGCGGGUAUUCUUGGUUCCGGUUUUGCUCUGCAAGUCCAGCAGCAACAACGCCAGAAGCACUUUGCUCGGAGACGACAUCCAGCAGCACAACUCAUCCAGUGUCUUUGGAGAUGUUAUGCUGCAGAUCCAAACUCUAGUUCAACAGCCACCUGGAAACCUCAUAUUAAACCUGUUCAUAGCCCCACUACUGGCAGCUUCAGGUCCAAUAACUUCAUCUCCCGACUUUCCAUGAAACGCAACAACAACACGGCCAACAGUCCCAUGAUGCACCGCACCAGCGAGCGUCUCAAGAAGUCGAUCAGCUCGGAACGGGACCUGGAGGACGGGGACCACGACGAGAAGAAGACCAUGCUGAGUGUCAGGCUGAGUAAUGGCAGCCAUGGUGGUCUCUUUGGUGAGCAGGACUCCAUGAGAUCCAUUAGAAGUUUCCGCCACUCUCAUCAUCAUCAUCAUGGCAAAGAUGAUGAAGAACCACCGGUCCGUGUCACCAAGCUCACUGAGGCACACAAGAACGCCAUCAGAGCCGUACGCAAGAUCAAAUACUUUGUGGCGAGACGGAAAUUCAAGGAAGCAUUCCGGCCGUAUGAUGUCAAAGAUGUCAUUGAGCAAUAUUCCUCUGGUCAUGCAGACAUGCUGGCCAGGAUUAAGAACUUACAGAUGAGGUUAGACCAAAUCUUGGGCAAGUCAGGGAUGGAGAGACGGAAAGGUCGUGGAGCAGGCGAUCUCGAAUUGUUUGACCCUAAUAUCAGUUUACUGUCGCGUGUAGUGAAAGUAGAGAGAAGAGUGACUCUCAUUGAUAGAAAAUUAGAUAUGUUGAUUGAGAUGUACCGUGAAGAGAGACACGCCAAGUCAGCUGCUGAUGGAGGCAAGGAGGAGGAAGGAGAACAUUCCCAAGAAUCGGAUCCAGCUCCGAGGGGGUUUAUGAGGAGGAGAGGCUGGGGGUCGUACCAUCGGAGACAGAACGAAGCUAUUCCACAACGGGUCGAAUCCUCCGACACGUCAUCGGCGACAUCCCCCGCCGACCCGACCGCCACCACUGCAACCAUUCAGAAGCUUCCCAUCUCGUCCUCGCACCCGAGCCUCGCCGAAGAGAAGGUUGUCAAGGGACUCUUGAAGCCGUCGCACUCGCAGAGCGACGUCCACCAGAGCGGCGACGACUCCUCCAUCCACUCCCACGACCGCAUGAGCGACUCGACACUGCGUGCGGAAGGGAGCCCUCACUCCAGCGAGAAGGACAUGGAGAGUGACGUCUGCAAUCCUUCUACCAGCGAUCAAGACAUUCCAUUAUCCACCAACCCUCCCCGCUCACCCGACACGGUGUCGUACGCUAGCAGUAGGCUGUCCAGUACAGGCAGCUCUUCUGCCUUAGACAGUGAAACAAGAAUCUAAAAAAAGUGUGUGUAUUUGAUGCUUACAUAAUGUGGAGUGUUUUUAAAACAAAACAUUUAUGGCACAUAUUGUGCGCAGUACUUAUAUAUCGUCUUUAUAUUACUAUUCCCUAUCAAUAAUAUUUCAUGAUUACAGAGCUUUAAUGCUUUCUUAUGGAUUUUAAUUUCUUUUCCAACAUUAAUUUCCUUUUCAAUACAUCGUGUCAUGCAAGCCAGCAUCUAUCUUGUUUUGAUGUUAAACAAAGAUAGAUUUAAUCAUGUAUGUUACUUUACUAUGUGUAGGAAGGGAAGGAUAUAUUUUGUCUUGUGUCCUGUUGGGAAUAAUCCAUAAGUUGAAUUUUCACGAAGUCCUUAUGUUUCUUGUGAUAUUUGUCUGUUAUCCUCUUGGUAUUAGGAACCUAAAGGUGCUAUAUUAUGUGUUCAACCUGAUAGGUAGUCACAGUUUAAGUUUUAAACUCCAUUUAUCAACUCAAUUCUAGUUAUUGAGAAAAUCUGUGUAUGAAGCCUGACUCAAAAGUUUAUUUUGAUGACUACUAACACAUGCCCCCUUUCCUCCCUGAGAAAGUAUUGCAGUAAUGAAAAAAUUAGAUGGAUUUUGAUUAGAUAAUUAAUAAAUGAAAAAUCAACCCAAUGAAAUAGAUGAAGGAUCUCUUACUGUGAUUUAAUUUCUUCAUACCACUCUGCUUUUUAAACAAACAAUAGUUAUGUUUUUAAAUGCAUUUUUGCUUAAUUUCCACACCAAAAGCAUUCAUGGCUUGUCAUUUUGCUGUAAAUUUUGAAGUGUGGCAAAAGCAUUAGCAAGCCAAAUAGGUAUCGUGUGUUUUUAGAAGAACCUUUUUACUGUUUUACUUAAUGCAUUUUUAGGAUAUAUUUUUAGAUACACUUACGCUUAUAACCCAAAAACAGUCACGUACCAAAAAUCUUCAUUUGACAAUCCUUGUAAACAUAUACCAUUUCCAGAUCAUGAAGAAUCUUAUGAAAGUGUUUCUGCUGAUACUUUUGACUGACAUGCUAUUAUUAUGAAUUACAUUCGGAAA